CAGGCAGCAGGCGGCUUUCAGCUGAUGAGCAACAAAGGACAGAGUGCAUCGGAGCCAUUAAUUUAAAUUGGGUAUUAUGAGCGCACUAGCAACAGGGACAGAAAGCUCAUGUACGACAAGUCCAAGAAAUCGUGGAGUCAGCGGCUCAAGACGCUCGGCAGCGGUGACAGCGGGGACAAGAACGCUUCUCUAGCCGCCGUCAGCGGCAUGCAGGCCAUGCAGCAGUUGCAGCUGCACAUGCAGCAGCAGCACCAGCAGCUGCAGCAGCAACACCAGCAGAUGCAGCAGCAGCAACAGCAGCAGCAGCACUUGCAGCUCCAUCAUGAGAGGCACCACCAGAUGGUGGCCGCCUACCAACUGCCACCGGUUCCCGCCGCCGAAUUCCUGCCCAGCGCCCUCUCACGCUCGAUGAAGUACGCGGAGCCCUGGAUCUACGGAACGGUUCGUGGCAUUCCCUCACGCCCAUCCUACGGAUACCAUCCCCAUGCGGCGGCCAUUUUCGCCGCGGCGGAGGGAGUCCCGGGCACCACAGCUCUGGCCGUGGUGAUCUGCUCCUGCGCCGAGUAUCUGAAUGGCACGAAACGUGACGUGAAGAAGGCCAGUGUGUGCAAGAAGUGCAAGGGGUCACGCCUGCCCCUGGCCACCAUAGGCGCCACCAGCGGGGGCACAGUGCGUCUGCCGGCUGUCAGCGGUUCCGGGCACUCGCGACGACCCAUGGCGGCCACCAUGCGUGUGGUGAGUGCCACGAAGAAAUCACGUCCCUCCAUUCUGGAUCCGCAGAAGGAUCCCUACGACCUGAUGCGACGGACGCGACUCCUGUCCCCGGAGCCCAGCGCCAAGGAUGCGGAUGGCAAGUCACGUAGUCGCAGCGAGGCGGGGGGCAAUCAGCCCAGGGGACGCACUCGCACCAGGGCACCUCCUCCCCCAGCCCCUGCUCCCUCUAAUCAGAAAUCCCCAGGAUUAGGGGCGCCGAGUCCAACAGCUGUUCCCGAUCCCACAGACCUGUGGCUCAUGGAGGACAACGAGUCCCUGCUGCAGAGCAGCGGCCUCCCCUCCUCCAGGGCCUCCAGCCGGCGCUCCAUACUCCGCUGCCACGUCAAUCCCUAUGACCUGAUCUCAAGCGAAAGUGGCAAGCUGCAGGGCAACCUGCGGCAGCCCCACGACCUCUUUGACGUGGCCGAUGCCCAGCUGAACGAUGACCAGCAGGAGCGGAAGAGGAGCACCUCGAAGUUCUACAGCCCCAAUGUGGCCGCCAUUGCGGGCCAGCGCAUCAGCCUGGGCGAUAAAUCGGCUGAUAACUCCGAUCCAGGUGACAGUUAUGAGCGAAUUAUUAUAGUUUCUGGAGGAGAGUCCUCUUCUAAUGGACCGCGACGGCCGCCGCGCAAUAAAAAAGCGGAUGAGGCGGCGGAAAUGCCCACAGCAGCGGUUCCAAGUGUGCCUGCAGCACUGCCAAUGGCCACGGUUAAGACCAAGGUGGACGGCCAAGCGGAAAGGGAACAGCCGGAGGAGAACAAUGGUUCGACCUAUACAGUGCUCACUGUGACGCCCACUUCGCCAGCCAUCAAGUCCAUACUGAAGCGCCCCUCCACACUGGAGUUGCCUGGAGUGGGCUCGACUCCCCUCCAGCCACUUCCUCCUCCGGUGGCCGAGAACUCUGGACUGGUGACGCCUGCGGGCAAGUCACAGUUCUAUAUACCGACGCCAACGGGAACGGCGGCCACGCCCACGCCCUCGGGUGCGCCCAUGGCCACAUCAACACCUACACCCACGAGUGGAGCCAGUGGUGCCAGUGGAGCCACCAUUGCAAUAGCAAUCACGCCGGGUUCACGCAAAAAAGUGCAAUUUAUGGUCGAGGAUAAAAUCAUAGCCACGACUGCCACGACAGCGGCGACAACUGAUGACAGCGAUGCCAGUGUGGCAGCAACGAGAACCAACUACGAGUACUACAAUCGCAAGCGGAAUGCAGCAGCAACAGCAGCAACAUCGCCGGCGACAGCAGCAACAUCUCCAGCAGCAACAGCAGCAACAUCAGCGGAUCAGCAGGAGGCAACGCUGUUUGACAUUGAUGAUGAGCACAACUUUACAACUUCCGCCGAGGCAACUCCGCUGAUGAAGCCGGAUAGUUUGCAUUAUGAAGAUGUUCUCCCGGGGCCCCAAAUAUUUGACAGCGCCUCGGAAUUAUUACUGCCAGCGGAUGGGUCGCCGCACGUCACUGCGAGUCCUGUCAGCGUUUUACCCACUGGCACAUCCAAUGGAGUGGGAGGAGCAGGAGGAGCUGCACAACCAGGAUCAGGACACGGACUGGUAGGGGAAGCAGCCCAAAAGACGACAGCAGCAAAUCGCGAUUAUGACGAUGAUGACGAGCACAACGACAAGGAUGAGAGUCACGACAACAAACCCAACGACUUGGCUGAAAGGGAGCCGGACAAGGACAAGGAUAAGGAGCAGGGGCAGGGGCAGACGGAAGAGGAGGAGGAGGAGCCGGUGCAGGGUGCUCCGGAGCAGGAGAAGAGGGAUGCUGGUGGAAAGCCUGCGGCAAGUCAAAAGCGUGCAGCACAAACGACACAAUCGCGAAAUCCCAUCAGACGGGCGCACAGUGAGCGGCAUUUGUCGACCGCGCCCCUAGUUGCCAACGCCUCUGCCCACGGCCACGCCUCCUUUGCCACCAACGCCUCCAACCCAACGACGACUCCGGCUGGCGGGGCACAGAAUGUCAUUUUAAAUUUUAAGGACACAAUGGCGCUGCGCAUAAAAAGCAACCGCAGCGACUCGAGAGAUUUAUUUCAAAGGCGGCCCCGGGAUCCGCCACCGCCGCCUCCUCCCAAAGGAGCUGGCAAAGGAUUAGAGCCGCUGCCACACGAAAUCAAUAAGUCGCCACCGAUGCCCCAAAGGACGGUGGUACGGGUGGCUCCUUUCAAGCCGCACCACCAGCAGCAGGUGGGUGGUGAUGGCUUCGCCCACGAGGUGCAUCGCCUGAAGAUCUCGCACAGCGAGGAGGAUACGGAUUUGGGGGUGGAGCUACGGCGCAGGCCGAAUCUUUAUUCCUCCACCAACGACGAGGAGGAUGCUGCACCCAAGAAGACCUCCAUCCUGAUCAGCGGCGAUGAUUGCUACUCCACCAUGAACCUGAGCGCCGAUGCCGCCCAGCCGCUGUACCAAUCCUCGGUGGUGGUCAACAGCCACUCGGCCACCAGUGUGUGCAUCAGUGUCAGCAGUGCCGAGGAGCAGGAGCAGGAGCUGAACCACCUGAACACCCUGCACAGCCAACAGAUGGGCAUGGGCACAGCCAUCAUACCCAUUCGGGGAGCCGGCGGCGAGGUGAAUCUUCAGAGAUCCGUGUCCUGCAUCUCGUCCACUUCGAGUAGCUCCACCUCCAGCAGCAGCAGUUCCAGCGGGCGGGGAAGGACCCUCAUCCGCCUGGACUACGAGAGGGAGCGCAAGGGUUCUGCCACCAGCAGUACACCCAUCAACACGCCCCCUGUCAUCAGUUCCACACCGGCCACGCCACCGCCCAUGGAGUCGCCCAAUCCUCUGGUUCCCCACGAAACCGAGCUCCUGAAGAUCCUGCGCAACCCCGUGGAGGCAGUGAAACUGAACCUGGUGCCGCAUGUGUGUGGCCUGCGGGCUCCCUCGCGGGAAAGUGGUAAAUCCAAGAAUGCAAGGAUUCAGGAAGAGGAGACGCCCGCUAAGAACCCCGGUUUCAUAGCCAAGCUGCUGCAGGACCCCAUGCUGGCCCAGGUGGCCGAGGGCCUCGAAACGGAGACAGUGGCGGAGCUCAUCGAGAACUCGCUGCAGCGUCUCCAGCAGACCAGGCGGGGAAUCGACAUGAGCGGCACCAAAGACCACGAUGACAUGAACCGCCUGAUCAGCGCCUCGCUGCAGCGCAUCCGCCUGGAAAGGCAGCCGACGGUGCCACCACCAGCUGGCAUUAGUAGUGCAACCAAAGAGGAGGACCGCCUGUCCAACCGGGGCAGCAUCAGUUCCGCCAACAGCUUCGCCUCGGCCCACAACUAUGAGCUCUUCGACUUCGAUGGCGGCGCCGGGGGCAAUGAGUCGGAUUGCUAUCAGAGCUGCUCCAGCGAGCUGACUGCCUCGGGAGUCAUGGAAGAGGAUGCGGAGGGAAUAGCACCCAUUAGGGACCCCGAAACGGAACUGGAUGCUGCCACGCGCGCUAAGUUCUAUCAGCUCUUGGUGGACGCCACUCUGGCCGAGAUCGAGCACUCCACGCAUAUGGAUCAGGGCUUGGGUGCGGACCCAGAGCACCACUAUGAAUCGAUUAGGCACAGUGGAGACCCCAUUUACGAGGAGAUCCAUGAGGUUCCGCCGCCACUGCCGCUCUCUGCUCCGCCUCUCAAUGAUGCAGAGCUGGACAAGAAGGCCGCCCGCUCCAUCUUCGAGGGCGCCUCCAAGUAUGACAUUCUCUCCUACCUGGUGGAUGCCAAGGAGCGCGGCUUGGCCCGCGAGGAGAGCUUUGACUACGGGAACAACCCCAAGAUUAUUGAGGAGGAAGCUGCCGAUACCCUGAGUGACCUGGACAAGCGGCAGGCUGAGGAGCGGGAACGGGAACGGGACAGCGGUCAGAGCAGCAUGAGUUCUCUAUCACCACCGCCGCACAACUUUAUCUGCGGCGGGGGCGGGGAAAAGUCCUCCGGCACCGAUGUGGAGCGCCAGGAUUCCGGAGUGGGCUCGGAGACCAGCAAGACAUCCCGCAGCAAAUACCAGGCCACGCCCACCGUGCUCCACCUGUGCGAGGACUGCGAUGGAGCCGUGGAGAUGCAGGUGGGCGACAACGGAGUCCUCUAUGCUCCACUGGUGUGCCGGAAGUGCGGCAAGAAGCGCGUGGAGCGCAAGGAGAUCAUCACGGAGAUCGUGGAGACGGAGGAGAAGUACGGCAGGGAUCUGCAGAUCAUACUGGAGGAGUUCUGCCACCCCAUGCUGGUGGCGGGCCUGCUCACCCAGGAGCAGCUCUCCGCGAUCUUCCUCAACACGGAAGAUCUGCUCGAGAACAACCAGACGCUGGCCGAGCGCAUGCGCGACGCCCUGGACAUGUCCCUGGAGCAGGGCGACGACGACCUGCUGACGGUGAACAUCGGACGCAUCUUCCUCGAUUUCACCCAGAUGCUGCACGCCUUCGAGAGCUACUGCGUCCGCCAGGCGGGCGCCAGCCUGCUGCUGGCCAAUCUCGAGAAGGAGAAGGAGCUGCUGCGCAUCUUCCUGAAGGUCUCCCAGAUGGAGAACGCCGUGCUGCGGCGCAUGAACCUCAACUCCUUCUUGAUGGUUCCCGUUCAGCGCGUUACCAAGUACCCCCUUUUGCUGGCCCGCCUCUACAAGGUCACUCCCGCCCACCUCGAUGGCCGCGAUCUGCUGAAGCAGGCCCAGGAGAAGAUCGAGCUGCACCUGAACCACAUCAACCAGGAGGCCAAGGAUGUGCCCACCAAGCUGUGGCGCCGCAUCAGCUCCUCCAGUCCGAACAGGCGCGCCUCCUGCGAGAUCGACAUGAUCAACAUCAAGCUGCGCAAGAUGGCCAUCGAUGUGCUGGAGUGGAACCACGACGAGGUGCGGUUCGCCAUGGAGGGACGACUGCUCUACACCCAGCCCACGGACAGCAACUGGAAGAAGGCGCGCACCAUCAAGCUGACCCCGGUCAAUGCCCUUUUGGUUACCAACGGCAAGCCAAGUGCCAAUUACAGGGCAGAGAAGGCCAUGUCGGAAAAGCUGAAUUUCCCGAAGCACACGGGCAUCCGCGAGGCCUCCCUGCUCCUGGUGAAGGAGAAGUGCGGACGGUACACGCUGAUCCGGGAGCCGCUCUAUCUGGACAGAUGUGUCGUGUGCAGCGAGGCGGACUGGGAUGAUUAUUUCGAAGUGCAGGAAAUCUCGUCGAAGGACACAUUCAUAUUCAAAGCCGAGGACGGCGUCAGGACGAAGCAGUGGUACACCCAGCUGCAGUACCACGCCCAGGGCAUGGGGGCGUGGCGGAAGAGGCGCAACGCCCUGGCCAACAUCAUGAUCAACGGCAUGCUGGCCCGGAGCUAGCCAUCCCGAAGCGCACACCCGACUCCAUCCACCGGACCACCGGCGCACCGGAGCACCGGAGCACCGGACACCGAUUAGAUGGCAAAAGACGUAAAGCUCAACAAUUGGUUAUGCAUUUAAUGUGUAUUUAUGCGCUAUUAACCAACGAGAAGUAUCGUUUCGUAAUUAUAAUUUAAGUGAUAUGCAAUUGAAUCGAGCACGCAUAACGCUAGUUAGUGUCUACAUAAUACCUAUAUAUAUGCCUAUACCUACACACCUAUGCCUUUAUACUAUGCAUAACCAUACGUACACACGAAUACCCUGAAUACAAUGCAAUAAAAUACCAUACACUAAUUAAACA